AUGUCUCUUCCAGGUUCGCAACGUGUGACAGGUACCGAUGGAAGUGAUUUCCAACAUCGUGAACGUAUUGCUCCACAUUAUCGUCUCAGCGCAGAAACCAAAUCGCGUCUUCGCUUACUAAUCUAUCUUCAUUGUCUUCUUGGUAUUCUGGUCUUUGCUCAUAUCUUCACAUACCAUGUACCUUUCAUUACCUCACUCACUAUCCCACGUCCGCAUCUCUGGCAAUACAUCUGGUUAAUCAGUGUGAUUCCGGCAAUAUGUGGUCUUUUGUCAUUGAAUAGAAAUCAAGUUUCUCUUAUGAAAAUAUUCUUUCGAGGAGUUGUGACGUUUGGUUUAGGAACGAUUUUAACGACGAUUAUACUUAAUCUUAGUGAAUUAUUUACAUUUAAAAAACUGAAAAACAAUCAUCAACUCGAAGAAGUCGAACCACAAACAUUUCUCGGUUUACCUUUAUUGGUGCUCUGGUAUAUAUUUUUAAUAAUCACUGUGCAAAUUCAUGCAUUUAGUUUAUAUAUGGCUCAUCUUUUAUUGAAUAGUUGGCAGCAACACAGACCAAGCAAACAACAUUAG